AAGAGUGAGUAUUAGGAGAAUAAAGGAUGGAAUCUACGCUCGACCUAAUAGUACGAUGUAAAAUAUAUUCCAUGUUUUUGGCACAACCUUAUUCUAUUUAAAAAUCAAAAAUUGGCUGUGAUCAUUUGGAACAGUGCAGCUUUCAAAUGAUGAAAGAAUUUUCAAACUUGUUAGAAUUGGACGAUUGCUUAGAAGAGAAAUGUUCAGAAUUGGCUUAUCAAAUGAAGAAAAUUUUCUUACAAAGGGGCGAUUUUGGACUAAUUAACAGUCAAAAAUAAAGCUUUAUACAGUUAACUACAUGAAAGUGGAAAAAUGAAUCUUUAAUUUUGUUUAAUAAUGAAGGCAGAAUUAGUGGUACUAUUUGUAUUUAUAUUUUCCUUUCCUGUUCUACUAUAAGGUAUUGGCUUUGGUGGAAAACCUUUUUUCAAUUACAAUACAUGAUUAAAAACUGCCUUUGAAUUUGGAGUUUAAUUAGAGAUCAACUAUUUAAAAAUGAAACGAGAUGUUUCAAAAAAAAGAAAGCCUGAGAGGUCGCUACUGCUUCGAAGAUUUUCCAGUUGUUACUUCCACCAACUGGUGUGUGGAGGUCACUGCUAGCCCCAACAAAAAUCUUUCUUGCAAUUGGAUAAUGCUUGUGAUGGAUAAGAGAAACUAAUGACAGACAACACAAUAUAGGUCCUAACUGUAGAAAAUAUACAUAUUCAAUACCAAACUUACAUUUGUGAUAAUAUUUGGUCAUCAUAUCGGAUGGGAUUGAUGUAUCCCCUUUCUUCUCUUAGAAGACUGCAAAGCAGAGUUCUUAAAAUGAUGGAUGAGAAUGCAAAUGGGAAGGAGUUUCAUUGUUUAGAUGUUGACCAAAUGUAUCUAUUACUACGGGACUACUCUAAAAAAAGCACUAGCAGUGUGGCCGCUAAACUUUCCUUUUGGACAGUAAUCCUUUAAAAGGCAAAGUUGACGUAAAUGUUCGCUAAUGGUUUCUUCUGGUACAAUUCGCGGUUGCUCCGACAAAUACUCGAAAGACGCACACAACAAAACGCUAAGAGAAAUGUUAUACUUGUCGAGCCUUGGCAGGCGUUCAUUUUGAAAACAGCAGGCGGCAAAGUGCAAAAAAAGAUCGAUAUGUGUUUGUUAGAGAAUAAUAAGACGUCUGGGUCCCGCCAAUUGAUCCGUUAUUAUUAUUCUUUAUUAUUAUUAUUAUUAUUGUUAUUAUAAUGGGCACGUGGAGUUUUUGCAAAUGUUUUCUGUCGAACCAAGAGACGGACAUGUGGCUCGGAAAGUUCGAGAGAGUUUUGGGGAGAAGCAGGUCGAAAAAAGUGUGAACUGAAAAUGGAGGUCGAAGCGCCAGCGUCGUCGAGCGUCGUAGGGCCUGUCGCGUCGUUUCCAGGGUAGCAGUAGCACCAACGUGGUGGAAGGCAGGGCGCUGCUGCUGCUGUUUGCAUUCGGGUCCGGGAAAUUCGAGACGUCACGUCGAACUGCUCGCUCUCCAGUGUUGUUGCGCGAAAACAGCCAGGGAUGACAUGACAACGAAAAACGCGAGAACUUUACAGUGCGGUCGAAAAUUUUUUUGUUUAUCCGAUUUUCGAAACGGUUACUGACCGACUGGUUGAUUGUCGUAGGCUUACGUCGCUGGUCUGGGUUAUGAAACAAUGAACUGGAGAGUAUGGUUUGGGGUAGCGUUGUUACACAUUAGCGGGUCGGUAUCCCUGCGGGGUUUUGAUGGCGACGGUAGCAACGUUUUACAUAUCGGUGGUAUUUUUCCCAUCAAAGGAAAGGGCGGAUGGCAGGGCGGCCAGGCAUGCGAACCCGCCGCAAAUUUGGCCCUCGAGGACGUUAACAAACGAAAGGACCUCUUGCCCGGCUAUGUACUCAAAUUACACAGCAACGAUUCCCAGUGUGAUCCAGGUUUGGGAGCAAGCGUGAUGUACGAUCUUCUCUACAAUGAACCCACAAAGUUAAUGCUUCUAGCUGGCUGCAGUACGGUAUGCACCACUGUCGCUGAAGCAGCCAAAAUGUGGAACUUAGUUGUGUUGUGUUACGGCGCCAGUUCACCAGCCCUUUCUGAUCGCAAUCGGUUCCCCACUUUGUUUCGAACUCAUCCGUCAGCUACCGUACACAACCCCACUCGCAUAAAGCUAAUGAAAAAAUUCGGAUGGUCGAGGGUAGCAAUAUUACAGGAAGCCGAAGAAGUUUUCAUAUCUACGGUUGAAGACUUGGAAACUCGCUGUAAGGAAGCGGGAAUUGAAAUUGUUACUAGACAAUCCUUCCUUUCGGAUCCUGCCGAUGCCGUUCGGAAUUUGCGAAGACAGGAUGCCAGAAUUAUCGUCGGACUAUUUUACGUGGUUGCUGCCCGAAAAGUUCUUUGCGAAGUGUACAAACAACAGUUAUAUGGAAGGUCGUACGUCUGGUUUUUCAUAGGUUGGUAUGAAGACGACUGGUUCGUCAAUAAUCUUCAAAAGGAGAACAUUAACUGCACUGCCCAUGAAAUGCGUAUUGCUGCAGAAGGCCAUUUGACAACGGAGGCGCUCAUGUGGAACCAGAACCGAAAUGAGAAGACCAUCUCUGGAAUGACAGCGGACGAAUUCCAAAACCGUCUCAACAAAGUUUUAAAGAACGACGGUCACGACAUUGAUCACAAACGUUAUCCCGAGGGAUACCAGGAAGCACCUCUGGCUUACGAUGCCGUAUGGGCUGUUGCAUUAGCUUUUAACAAAACAAUGAACCACCUUCAUAAGUACGGCAAGAAUCUCAAAGAUUUCAAUUAUAACAAUAAGGAGAUAGCAGACGAUAUUUAUUCAGCCAUCAAUUCCACACAGUUUCUAGGAAUAUCUGGAAUGGUGGCAUUCAGUUCCCAGGGUGACCGUAUUGCUCUCACUCUGAUAGAACAGGCCAUCAACGGAAAUUACGUGGUGCUCGGUUACUUCGACACCCAGGCUGACAAUCUCACUUGGUACGAUCGGGAAGUGUGGAUAGGUGGAAAAGUGCCUCAAGACAGGACUAUAGUGAGGAAAGUGCUUAGAACUCUUUCACUUUCGUUAUUUGUGUGCAUGUGUAUCAUAUCGAGUGUUGGAAUUAUCAUCGCCAUUGCAUUAAUUGUUUUCAACACCUGGAAUAGCCAUCGCAGGGUUAUUCAAUCAUCACAUCCUAUUUGCAAUACGAUAAUGUUACUUGGAGUGAUAGUGUGUCUGAUUAGCGUGUAUCUUCUUGGACUUGACGGCAGGUUCGUUUCACCAGAGUCCUAUCCGAAAAUAUGUCAAGCGAGAGCAUGGCUCCUUACCAUAGGAUUCACUUUAGGUUAUGGUGCCAUGUUCAGUAAAGUAUGGCGCGUUCAUAGACUGACAACUAAAGUAAAAAGUGAUCCUAAAGUGAGAAUGAAAAAAGUGCAGCCGUGGAAGUUAUACUCGAUGAUAUCGGGACUGUUGGUUAUCGAUUUCGUUAUUCUGCUUGCGUGGCAGAUUUACGAUCCACUUCAGCGUCGUAUCGAGCUGUUCUCUUUCGAGGAACCGGAGUCGUCGGCCGACGAUUCCAAGAUCCGACCCGAACUCGAGCACUGCGAAAGCCAAAACAAUACCGUAUGGCUAGGAGUCAUGUACGGUUAUAAAGGACUGAUUUUAGUAUUCGGUUUAUUUUUAGCAUACGAAACUAGGUCAUUAAAAGUAAAACAAAUCAACGAUUCCCGAUACGUGGGAAUGAGUAUAUACAACGUGGUCGUCCUGUGUUUAAUUACAGCCCCCGUAACACUGGUAAUCAGCAGUCAGCAAGAUGCCAGUUAUGCCUUCGUAGCCCUUUCGAUCACGUUUUGCUGCUUCCUCAGCAUGGCCCUUAUUUUUGUACCUAAAGUUAUAGAAGUAAUAAGACAUCCGAAAGAUAAAGCGGAGAGUAAAUAUAAUCCGGAUAAUGGAAUUUCAAAGGAAGAGGAGGAACGGUAUAGAAAGUUAGUUACCGAAAAUGAGGAGCUGCAGCGGCUUAUAACGCAGAAAGAAGAACGAAUAAAACUUCUUCGGCAGCGAUUGUCUGAAAAGGAUUACACCAAGUGCGGCGAAGUGGAGGGUCUCGUAACGACUACGUAUCUAUCAACGACAACCGUCGCAGCGGCCGCCGUUAGCCUGACUCAAGAUACGCAAGACGAGCGAAUCUAGUCGACGUUGUAAAUAGCGCAACAAUUGUUUAUCUGUGAGAGAGUCUUACAUUGUUCCGAUGUUUUCAUCUGACUGAUCCGUCUGGUUUAUCCCUCCAUAACCACCACCACCCACACAUUCCCACGAUUUUAAAGGAAGCCGAAGAAGACCUUACUCCCUAUCUACCACUUUGCAUCAUAGUCUACAAAAGUUCGUGCAACAGUCCGCCCAUCAACAUCAGCCAAUGAGAAGAAAAAUAAUUUUGAAGUAGUACAUGUAUUAUAGGCCAACCACAUCCUAGCAGCUGAAAGGACACCGGUUCAGUUCAGGAUUCGUUCGCUUUUACCAUAGCCUUCUAGCAAUCUGGGACUUCUUUUGCCAACUAUUCUUUAACAGUUGUGGUUUCACAGAUCCAUUGGAAUUUGUGUAGGUACCUAUAGCUCCCGUGAGUUUCAAUUAUAGUUGUAAUGCUCAUGAAAAAUUGGAAUACCAAUUUGCAAAAAAAAUCCAAAUUAUUCUAGAUCGUGGGAUUUUUACAUUUUUCUGGAUGGUCAGUAGCGGUGUUAGGGUAGGGCGCGGUUGGGCGAUCGCCCAGGGCGCCGGACAAAAGGGGCGCCGCAGGCGCCCUCCACUUCAUUCUCAAAAUUAAGCGGAGAGUACUCGAAAUCUUGGUCUUUUUUAUACAAUAUUAAACAAAUUCCAGAAAAACCCGACCUCGUCAAGCUCUGUAGUGAUCUCCAAUUAAAAUUAACUGUAGACUCUAGAAAGGCCAGAAAAGUAAAAUUUUAUUAGUUUGUUUCUAAUAAAUGGUUAUUUUUUAUAAUAAAUAAUUAUUUGUUUUAAUAAAUGGUUAUUUCAUUAUAUGCUUUCCCUUUUUUCCUAUGGGUUUGAAUUGUAGUUGGAGGGCGCCGUAGAAAUCUCGCCCAGGGCGCUGGUAGUGGUAAAACCGGCACUGUGGAUGGUGCUGACCAUAGGUAGUUGGAAGGUUGUCCCCUAUACGUACGAAGCCUUGUAUAUAUUUAAUUAACAGCUAGGUAAUAUUUAUUUUUGGAAAUCUUUUGCAGCGUUUUUGAAGUACUCUGUAUAAGUGGCUUAACUAACUAAUUCUUCUAAGUGGUUUUGCGAAUUGAGAGUAUUCAUUUAAAUAUUUGCUUGUUACAAAAUUUGUUACAAUAUGAACUGCUUGUACAAUGUAACGUUUUGUUGUUGAAGUUUAGAAAUUAGUGAAUUGUUAUUACGAAUCGCGAUGGUGUUAAAUUUUAUUGAAGUUGUUUGAAGAAAUUACUAAAGAGACUAACUAGAAUAAUAUUGAAUUGAAUAACAUAUGCAACAUUUUUAAUGUCCGAUAUGUACAUAACUUUUAUGGUUUUUAUCACUACUAUUACAUUUUAAAUAAUGUAAGCAAAAUGUUACUUAUCAUUUUCAUCUCAUAUGAGCGAUUAACUAGGAAUUGUGGACGUCAAUAUUUUGAAACACUUUAAAAUUUAAAAAGAUUUCCUUACUGAGAUACAACUAGCAAUAUUUAGUCUACUAUAUUUUGAAUUUCUUAAUCUCUCCCAAUAUUUUUAGCUGCAUCACUCUACACCUUGUUUAGAACUUUAUCACUGUAAAGCUACUGUUUGUUAUUUUUGGAAUGAUACGAAAAAUGAGAAGUUUGUUCAUUUUUCAGUUAAAGAAUUCGUUGCCUAUUUAAAAAUUUUUGAUCAUAUAGAAUGUGAAAAUGAAUUUGAAACAAAGGUAAGCUGUACAUAGAGUGCGAGAAAGAAAACGUUGUAACGUUUCGAAUUGAUUUUCCUCGCCAUUCUUUUGUUUAAAUAAAAAUGCAUUUAAUUGAAUAACUUCAUGCUCAAUUUGUAUAGAAAUAAUAAAUAGUUAAUUAUAAAUACUAAAUACCUGUAAGUAGUGAUAUCCUUGUUUUUUUUACCAAAAAAUAACAGUUUGUGAGAAGUAGGACCUAAUUUACCAUUAUUUUAUUUUUGAUACCGUUUGAUUUUGUAUCACCAUACAAUUGAAACAAUUAAUUCUGCUUUAGUUAUAAGUAACUACUUAAAAUUCAUUGCCUAUAGCGGAGUAGAGCAUCGUCAACAGUUUAUUGAAAAAUAACAGAAAAGUCUAAAUGUUAUUAAACAAUUAAAGCAAAUUAUAUGUACCUUCAUGAGAGUAAAAAAGAAAAAUGUACUAAAGAAUUUUUAAAACAUCACCCCUAAUCUAAAAUUGUUUCACUAUAUACUUAACUUACUUAUGUAUGUAAAUGUUUGAGCUUUGGAGAUAAUCACUGUGUCCUAUGUCCAUUGUAAUUUAUAAUAACGCGUUUGAAAUCACCAACAUAAAGAAUUAAAAUUGAUACCUAAGUCAGCAUUGAGUAUGAUAUCGUGUUUAUUUCGAUAAAGUUUAGCCUUUAAUACAAAUUAGUUUCAUUUUUGGAAGAACUGGUUGAAAAUACCUAAGGGUUCCAAGAGGUAACAAACCCUAAUUCAAUAAAAUGAUCUGAAGAAACGAGAUAUCUGAUAGGGAUUUAGGAAAGAGAAAUGGGUUUCCACUGAGUAGAUAUUUACAAUUUCUUCUUCGUGAAACAGAAAUUACAAUCAUAAGGUACAUUGCAGUAAUUUUUCUUUUAAAAGUAAGUCAUGAUUUGUUUCUCCGUUCCUGAACAAUAGUUACCAACAUGGACCUAGCCAUGAUUUUGUUUAAUGAAUGCGAACAAUGAAAACUAAAGGAAAUCCUUAGACAAUUAAUUAUUUAUACUUGCAUCUAAUGCUCAAUGAAACUGAUACCAUCAGUGGUAUUACUCUGAAAAUCCAAACAUCUAAAAUGAUAGAUACUUGCUGUAAAAAGGGACAGGUUCCUCGUAAUGCUUCCCUAAUAAUUCAAAAGAACUGCCAACUGGUCUCUUAGGUGCCCAAUCAUUAACAGAUUGUGACCAUGCUCCAAAACGUUUCUUUUAUUGAUUCUUAAUCAAACCAUGUCUCCUGCAGAACUUAUAUUAACACUAUAAGGACAUGGAUGUAACUAACAAAGUGCAUGUCUGCACGUCUCGUUUCUAUGUAAGCCAUUUGCUUUCGUUAUUUUGGCUUGUUCCAUGUUAGAGGUAACAGAGUAAACGUUUAGCUAAAUUGCAAGCCACCCUCCUAGCACGUUUUACAACAAUUUCUUUCCCUUCGACGUUGUGAAAUUUACAUUUAAACGAACACGUAUUUUAGUUUCACACAGUUUUAAUUAAAACUUGAAAGCGCGCAAUCAAAGAAGAAGAAAGAGAAAGAAAUAAAAGCGUGUUUGUAAUUUCUAAUUGCAAGAAUUUCGAGAAACUGUUUGAGACGUGUUCUUUUAAUAGAAACUAUCCCACCAUCGUCUAUAUAAAAUAUUUAAUUAAGUGGCCAAGCAGAACAAUUCUCAACUGGUGGUGUAUUUAAUUUCACUAAACAACACCAUGGACACCAUUUUAAAAAUUCGCUACACACUAGCAUCUGACAGAUUCGACUGAACAAUGACCUGAAAGAUAUUUUUACUCUAUUUGAUUACAUAGCUAGCAUGUAUGUUCAGUUUGACAAGUUUAGAUAUUCGAAAAAAUCUUAUUUCUUGUUAAGCAUCACUGAUUCCCUCAAUUAGCAUUAGGAAUCUGCACAUGGCAUUCCCUACGCUGACGCUGUCCGUACAUAUUCACAAUUACAAUUGGUGAUAUGUAAGCCAUUAACAUGAUAAGGCCUUUGGUCCUCGACAUUAUGUCGCCUAGCGUAGACGACAUUUUCAUGAGUUCUUCUUGCUGAGUCGAUUGGUCAAAAUCGACUUGGAAGAACUCCUAAAGAUGUUUUCCACUCGAUUCAAAGAAACUGUGAUGGCAUGAUGCUUCAAUCAAGGUGCCAAGACGGUUGGAAUAGUUCGAGAAUCACCAAUUAUAUCAAUGAUUUUCGGGAAAGCUCAAAUCAAUUUGAGAUCAACUACCUGCUUUGUUAAUUCACCACUUUUUUUUUGAUGACCCUAACAAGCAGAGGUUUCUAGGUCCUUUUUUUUCUCUGUGUCCAUUGUACCUGACGGAUUAUUUUACAGGCAUUUUUGGAUGUUUUCUGUUUGAUUCCACAAUGUCCUUUCUGUUAUUCGACUAUCCAAGAAGCGAAAACAAAAAUGUGUAUUCAUCUCUUUGGAUUUGAAUAGAAAAAAAAACAAAACUUUUCCGAUUACUUAAAAUUGCCGUUCAACUUUUUGAAAACUAAAAGGGUUUUUGGAUGCUAGUUAAAUGUUCUGUGAAAAUGUUCAACUUUCGACUAUAAAACGGAGUGAAGGCUCAUUGGGAUCGUUUCGACGCAACUUGAAUGUUAAACAGUUAGGAGUUAGUCCUUUUUUCCAAUAAUCACUAAGCUAGAAGCGUAUUCCACAGCUGAUAGCAUUUCUAGGUAGACAAAUAUCUACACGAAUCUUUUACAAUUAUUCGAUUGAUAUAGGUAUCAACGGACUUUGAAAUUGAUUAAUAACAUUUUACGUUCAUCUAAUGCAUUUCCUUAUUCAAUUUCAUUUCAAAACCUAGCACACUGUAAA